GAUGCAUUUGAGCUUCUCAACCUUUUGAGUCCAGAGCUCAGAACGCAAUGUCUCUCUUCAAGGGCGCGUCUCGGUCCAUGAUCAGAGCUGCUGGGCGCAGAGCAGCUCCAGUAUCUAUCGUCAGGCGAGCUGCAUCUUCCAGGACUGCAGAAACUCAACACAAGUUACUCUCUACAGAUCUUGAACACGCAGACCCAGCUGUCUUCCAAAUUCUCCAGAAUGAAAAACGGAGACAAAAGCAUUUCAUCAACCUCAUUCCGUCCGAAAAUUUCACUUCCCAGGCUGUACUCGAUGCUCUAGGAAGUGUUAUGCAAAACAAAUACUCCGAGGGAUAUCCAGGAGCAAGAUAUUAUGGUGGAAACGAAUUCAUCGAUGAAUCUGAGAGAUUAUGUCAAUCCCGAGCUUUGGAAACCUUUGGUUUGAAGGAAUCAGAAUGGGGCGUCAACGUACAGCCUUUGUCCGGCUCUCCUGCCAACCUCUAUGCGUAUUCCGCACUCUUAAAUCCUCAUGACCGAAUAAUGGGCUUGGAUCUCCCUCAUGGUGGGCAUCUUUCUCAUGGAUAUCAAACACCUACAAAAAAGAUAUCCGCUAUCUCCAAAUACUUCGAGACUUUACCGUAUCGUCUGGAUGAGGAAACGGGCCUCAUUGAUUAUGCCAAGUUGGAAGAGCUAGCUACUCUAUAUCGGCCAAAGAUCAUAGUUGCGGGUACUUCUGCAUAUAGCAGACUCAUCGACUAUGCACGAAUGCGAGCAAUUGCCGACAAGGUUGGCGCAUAUCUUUUGGCGGAUAUGGCACAUAUUUCUGGCCUUGUCGCUGCGAAAGUCGUCCCAACGCCUUUUGAGUUCGCGGAUGUGGUCACCACCACUACACAUAAGUCACUGCGUGGUCCUCGAGGCGCAAUGAUCUUUUUCAGAAGGGGUGUUCGAAGAGUCAACCCGAAGACCAAGGAAGAGGAGAUGUGGAACCUUGAGGAACCGAUCAACGCGUCGGUAUUCCCUGGCCAUCAAGGAGGACCCCAUAAUCACACAAUCACUGCCCUCGCGGUUGCUCUCAAGCAGGCACAAAGCAGUGAAUUCAGAGCCUACCAAGAGACAGUACUCCUGAAUGCUAAGGCAUUUGCAAAGCGUCUUGGUGAUCCCAAAGAUAAAGGUGGUCUUGGCUACACAUUAGUAUCGGGAGGAACUGAUAACCACCUUGUCUUGGUUGAUCUUAAACCCCAAGGUGUGGAUGGUGCCAGAGUUGAGCGCGUAUUGGAACUGGUGGGUGUUGCAAGCAACAAGAAUACGGUGCCCGGCGAUAAGUCGGCUCUGAAACCCGGUGGCUUGAGAAUGGGGACGCCUGCUAUGACGACUCGAGGUUUUCAGCCUGAUGAUUUCGUGAGGGUCGCAGAUGUUGUAAACAGGGCGGUGACGAUUACGCAGAGGUUGGAUAAGGCUGCGAGGGCGGCAGCUGAGGCGAAGGGUAGAAAGAACCCCGGAAGUGUGAAAGCUUUCCUCGAAUAUCUUGGGAAUGGGGAUAAUGAAACGGAGAUUGUACAACUAAGAUCCGAGGUUGAAGAAUGGGUGGGGACAUUUUCUUUGCCAUGGGAGCCGAGUCCAUAG